AGCGAAAAACCUCCAAGCUAAGGUAUAAAAGCUGGGCACUGUUUCCAUUUCAACAGCAGUAAUUGACAGCAACUGGUCAAGUGCUAUUGAAGAGUUUUGUUGUUCUUGUUGUGUCCAUUUUUAUUCCCUGAUUGUUUGCCAAAACAUGAAUAAGAUUUUGGCGACAUUCGUUGCCAUGGCAGUCAUCAAUUGUGCUGUCAAUGGUUUGCCAUAUGGCGGAGGUGGAAGCAAUAAAUAUGGUGGCUAUGGAAGUGGAGGAGGCGGGGGAGGAGGAUUUGGAGGUGGUGGUGGAAGUGGCGGUGGAGGUUUUGGACCAGGUGGCGGCGUAGGACACAGUGGUGACGCUGGAGGAUUCGGUCCUGGCUCAGGUGGUGGUCACGGUGGUGGCCUAGGUGGAGGCGGAGGCAAAGGCAGUGGUGGCGGUGGAGGUUUUGGUUCCGGCUCUGGUUCUGGCUUGGGAGGCGGUAGUGGAGGCUUUGGUCCCGGUGGAGGACAUGGUGGUAGCGGUGGUCCUGGCAGCGGUGGCCAUGGUGGUGGUCUAGGCGGCGGUCAUGGUGGUGGUGGAGGCAGCGGUGGAGGUUUCGGAUCUGGCCUAGGUGGUGGAAGUGGUGGCGGUGGUUUCGGACCAGGUGGCGGUAGCGGCGGCCAUGGUGGUGGUCCUGGCGGUGGCCAUGGAGGCGGUCCAAGUGGUGGCAAUUCCCUAUCGCAAGGCAGCGGUGGCGGUCGUGGUAGUGGUGGAGGCCGUGGUGGUGGUGGUGGGAGUGGAUUUGGUUCAGGCACCGGUUUUGGAAGCGGAAGUGACGGCCACAGCAGUUUCUCUAGCAGCAGCGCUAGCUUGGGCCGCGGCCCAGGAUCUGGUGGACAUGGCAAUGGUCUUGGUGGCGGUUUGGGUUCAGGUUCCGGUUCAGGUUUUGGAAGUGGUGGCGGCAGCGGCUUCGGUGGAGGCCAUGGCAGCGGCAAUGGUUUCGGUGGUGGCGGCGGCGGUGGCUACGGUGGUGGAGGCGGUGGCGGCUAUGGCGGUGGUGGUUACAAAAAACAUGGUUACUAAUUCCAAACCCGUUCAAUGAAAACUGCAUCGAUUACUGUGAUGAUUACUUAAUGUAAAAUAAAACCGGUUACACAUUAUUAUUAUUUUUUUUUUUUACAAAAUAUAUAUAUUUUUUAUGUUUUUUCUCUAA